UUGUUUCAAGGAAGACCGAAUCAAAUCAGUUUGAGGUUGCAGCGGUUUCCAGAACAAUCAGCAGGAUGGCUGAGGAUAGAGAAAAGGCAACAGAUCAAAUGAGGCUAUGGAGGGAGAGCCGUGGAUCUCAGAGACCAGACACUUUGACCACGGGUGCUGGAGUCCCAAUUGGAGACAAAUUGAACGAACAGACUGCUGGUCCCAGGGGCCCCCUCCUCGUCCAGGAUGUGGUAUUUACAGAUGAGAUGGCACAUUUUGACCGAGAACGUAUCCCAGAGAGAGUGGUGCAUGCUAAAGGAGCAGGGGCUUUUGGGUACUUUGAGGUGACCCAUGACAUCACUCGUUACUGCAAGGCCAAGGUGUUUGAGCAUGUGGGAAAGACCACACCAGUAGCAGUCCGUUUCUCCACUGUGGCUGGAGAGUCGGGAUCAGCUGAUACAGUUCGGGAUCCUCGAGGCUUUGCUGUGAAGUUCUAUACGGAGGAGGGGAACUGGGACCUUACUGGCAACAACACCCCUAUCUUCUUCAUCAGGGACGCCCUUCUGUUUCCGUCCUUCAUCCACUCUCAGAAACGUAACCCGCAAACCCACUUGAAGGAUCCAGACAUGGUCUGGGACUUCUGGGGCCUGCGGCCUGAGGCUAUGCACCAGGUGUCUUUUCUGUUCAGUGACCGGGGGCUGCCUGAUGGCUAUCGCCAUAUGAACGGCUAUGGCUCCCAUACUUUCAAGCUGAUCAACGCUCAGGGGGACCCUGUGUACUGCAAAUUCCACUACAAGACUGACCAAGGAAUCAAGAACCUUACCCCAGAGGUGGCAGACCGCCUGGCUUCGACUGAUCCCGACUAUGCCAUCAGAGACCUGUACAAUGCUAUUGCAAAUGGCAACUUCCCCUCCUGGACUUUCUACAUCCAGGUCAUGACUUUUGAGCAGGCUGAGAAGUUUCAGUGGAACCCAUUUGAUUUGACCAAGGUCUGGUCACACAAGGACUACCCUCUGAUCCCUGUUGGCAGAAUUGUACUUAACCGAAACCCUGUCAAUUACUUUGCUGAGAUAGAACAGUUGGCGUUUGACCCCAGCAACAUGCCCCCUGGCAUUGAGCCUAGUCCUGACAAAAUGCUUCAGGGUCGGCUCUUCUCUUACCCAGAUACACACAGGCACCGCCUCGGGGCUAACUACCUGCAGAUCCCUGUGAACUGUCCCUUCAGGGCCCGAGUUGCCAACUACCAGAGAGAUGGACCCAUGUGCAUGUUUGACAACCAAGGUGGGGCUCCUAACUACUACCCUAACAGCUUCAGUGCUCCAGACACCCAGCCCCGCUUUGUCGAGUCCAAAUUCAAGGUGUCUCCAGACGUGGGCCGCUACAACAGCGCGGACGAUGACAAUGUCACUCAGGUGCGCACCUUCUAUACACAAGUGCUGAAUGAGGAGGAGCGUCAGAGGCUGUGUCAGAAUAUGGCCGGGCACCUUAAGGGCGCUCAGCUGUUCAUCCAGAAACGCGUGGUUCAGAACCUGAUGGCCAUCCAUCAUGAUUAUGGAUCCCGUGUGCAGGCCUUGCUUGACAAGCACAAUGCUGAGGGCAAAAAGGUAAGUAACACAAUACAUGUGUAUAGCCGAGGUGGGGCCUCCACCAUGGCUGCCUCCUCUAAGAUGUGAUGUGGAGUUCUGCUUUAUCCAAGUGCAUGUCACCAUACUCCUGCAUCUGCUACAGUUAGACAACUGAGUCUGAGAAUGAAAUGGCAAAUGAAGGUUUCUGACAUACAAGUGAUUCCUGCUACGUUUGCAUUUACAUCAGUCUUUUAAUUUUAUGCCAAAAUUACAAUAUAUCAGCCUGUGUUUUUAAUCUGAUGCCCAGCAAAUUGGAGCUCUGCCUUUUUUUGUUUAUUUUGAACAACAUUUAGUUUAAAACUCGAAAUUAUGGUAACUUUUCCUGUCGUUGUCUUGGAAUAAAGCAAAUCCAGGUAGUCUGGAUGGACACCGCUAGUGAACCUCUUACACACUUAUGUCCAUGCUCAACGUUUUUUCAUCAGUGCCUUAACUCAAACACUUAACAGUAAUCCCUUGAUCUUAUCAACACAUUACGUGUCACUGCUACAUGCACUUAAAGGCACUAAUGGAACUUCCAAAUGUAUGAAUAGUUUGUUUCCCUAUAUAAUGUUGCUCUAAAGAGCACUGUUUUGUUUGAUUCUGACAACAUGAACUGUGGAGAUAAAUACUGUAUGCUGCGUCCUAUUUUGUAAUCAAAGCUAAUAAAUUCAAAAUUAAAUUGUAUGUUA